AUGGAUCAUCUGGAUCACUCGGAUCACUUGAAGCUUGAAUCUAUUGAUACUCCUUCGGAAUUCGAGAUCACCGAUACUGAUACCGAUACCCCGCGAGCUUGUUCACGAUCAAACCGCCGUGGCCCACAGCACCUGCCUACAAUGCCUUAUAACCGGCAGAAAAGACGGUCAAAAUUAUCUCGCGUUGUCAGAACAUUACAGCGAAACAGUUGGGGAAUGGAGGCCUUUAUAGAGGCUUGGAUUCAGAGUCCCGAUAUCUUGACUCAUCGACGAUACAGUACUCCUACGAAGCGGCGAAAUGCACUAUAUUCAGCACUUUCCAAAGCAGGGGUAUUCAAUGAUAAUCAACGUUAUACUGUCUUGCUUAAACAGGAGCUGAAAUGCCUUAUCAAUACUCCCUUCUUUGCAAAAUUCAAUCACGAUUCUGAUCUGGAUACCAUUGACUUCCAGGCUGCUUUUGAGACCAUCCGGACCGACGCGCCAACCUGGUUUGACCUACUUACUCCUGUUCUAAAAAAUAAACGCGCCAAUCGAAAGAGCUAUGAAUGGGGCUCAGAUGAAACAACAGCUAUCAAACGGUUGUUUGUUAUUAUGAGUAUUAUAUGCCACUCUUAUUCCUUGAAAAACUCAAACUUCUUCAGCUCUAUUCUCUCUGCAUAUUUUCAUGGCUCGGGAGUAAAACGACGAGUGAUAGAAACCAUUUCUGGCUUUGGACUCUGUCACAGCUAUGUGAUGGGGAAUAGAUUGAUGAUGGAAAUUGCUAAACGAGAGAAGAUUAAACUUCGGCAGCUUGUCAAAGAUCCUCGAGCCGUUAUAGUCUAUGACAAUAUGAACUUCAAGGAGACUGUACGAGACGAGACAAUCGGGCACAACGAUUCCAUGGCUGCUGUGACUACUGCUGCUGUGGUUAUUUCCCCCGAGAUUCCAGAAUCUGGUCUAACUCAGAUCAUGCAUGAUUCUACAAGACUGCUAACACUGCAAGAAAUCAUUGAUGCACCUGGUGUGGCAGGCAAUGAUAAUGGGCUUCGGAAGCAAAUAACAUCAUGUCUUAUUUCAGAUGCUGUUCGAAAGGUUCAUGAUGAUGGGGUUAAAAGUGUUUUUAGUACUGCAAAUGAUUUACUACCUCGAAUGCCUGUUAUUAAUACACUGCCUGUGCAUAGAACGCGUUUUCAGCAGUUGGGUGCUAUUUUUGAAAAUGAGGGCACUAUUGCAGGAACUAUGAGAGUUCAUGAGAAGAUAUUUAACGAUUUUCUUGAUUUAUCAAGAGAUCAUACAGCAUUUUCAACUCGUCUCUUUCCAGUGUAUGGAGAUGCUUUGACCACAAAACUCAUUCGGUCGGUCAAGAUGGAGCAGUCAAAAUCUACAGAUAUCUUUGAACAGCGCAACUGGCUUCAUCCUAUUCCUGGAUACAAGUUUACCGCGUGGAAUCGGAUGUACGCCGAUAAAGAUAUCAGGACGGUUAAUGGAAGUUCGAAUAACCUGAGUCUGCCGUGGGUUUACACCAAUAGAACGAAAUCCAGCCUCUUGAAGAAUGAUAUCUUCAGCUUUACUGCUGAGGGUUGCGGAACAGCCAAACCAGACAAUAUCCUCACGAAGAAGCAAUCUCAGGCGCCCCAGCCUGGCAAACUGACUACGGAAUUGACUCCACUGUGUGACAAGAUGACACUCAUCGAUAGCUACAAGCCCAAUCUUUUCUUGUAA